AUGAGUUAGAAACUUUCAUAAGCAGAAGUAUAAAAUUUGGAUUAGCAAAUAGAUUUAUUAUAUGAUGGCAAGCAAUUAUCUGAAAACGAAGUUAAGUUUUUAUGUGAAAAAGCUUAGGAAAUCUUACAACACGAAUCAAAUGUUUAGCCAGUUAAAUGCCCAGUAACGAUUUGCGGUGAUAUUCAUGGACAAUUCCAUGAUUUGAUGGAACUUUUUAGAAUAGGAGGUAAAAUUCCUGACACUAAUUACCUCUUUUUAGGAGAUUACGUAGAUAGAGGUUAUUUUUCUGUAGAAUGUGUGACCCUUCUUAUUGCUCUUAAAGUCAGAUAUAAAGACCGUAUUACUUUGCUUAGAGGUAACCACGAAUCUCGUUAAAUUACAUAAGUUUAUGGCUUUUAUGAUGAAUGCCUUCGUAAAUAUGGUAAUGCCAAUGUAUGGAAAUACUUUACAGAUUUGUUUGAUUACCUUCCUUUAACAGCUCUAGUUGAAAACUCUAUUUUUGGUCUCCAUGGUGGUCUUUCUCCCAAUAUUUAAACUUUAGAUGAAAUUCGUUAGAUUGACAGAGUUUGCGAAAUCCCUCAUGAAGGACCUAUGUGUGAUUUACUGUGGAGUGAUCCUGAAGAAGGUUCAGGUUUUAAUCGUAGUCCUAGAGGUGCUGGUUUUGUCUUUGGUUAAGAUAUGUCAGAGAAGUUCUUAAAAUUUAAUGGUAUCAACUAUAUAUACAGAGCACAUUAACUUGUCAUGGAAGGAUAUUAAUAAACACAUGAUAAAAAAGUAGUGACACUAUUUUCAGCUCCUAAUUAUUGUUAUAGAUGCGGUAAUUAAGCAGCCAUUAUCGAAGUAGAUGAAAAAAUGAAUAUUACAUAUUUAUAAUUUGAUCCUGCUCCUCGUAGAGGUGAACCUCAUGUAACUAAAAAAACUCCUGACUAUUUCCUUUGA